CUCGUCAGUUUUACGCCGAAACGGAAGGUGGCAGCCGUUUCAAAUACAUGCAAUUGUGCCAACUGCCAGGAAGAGGGGCGAUACAGCGAUUUGUAAACAUGGCUGUUGCGGGGACCAGCGUGGCCCUCCCGCAGUUUCUAAAGAAUAUAGAACUGAUAAAACAGGGUGCAGAAGCUCGUGUAUAUCAGGGGUCGUUUUUGGGCAAGCCAACCAUUGUAAAAGAAAGGUUUCCGAAAUUGUAUAGACACCCGUUGUUGGAUGAAAAACUCACACAUCGCAGAACCGUGCAAGAGGUGCGCUCAAUACUUCGCUGUCGAAAAGCUGGCAUAUCUGCACCAGUAGUCUACUUUGUAGACUACACCUCCCACUGCAUAUUCCUUGAAGACAUCGUUGGCUCCAUCACAGUGCGAGACCACAUUGCCUCCACCCAGAAAGGCCCAGAGGAACGCCUGGACCAGCUCGCAAAGAAGAUGGGUCAGAUUCUGGCCAAAAUGCAUGAUGAGGACGUUGUCCAUGGAGACUUGACCACGUCCAACAUGCUGUUGAAGGCGGGCGCUGAGAGUGGAGAGAUGGAGCUGGUCCUCAUUGACUUUGGCCUGAGCUACAUAUCGUCGCUGCCCGAGGACAAGGGAGUGGACAUGUACGUGCUGGAGAAAGCUUUCCUCAGCACCCACCCCAACACUGAGGCUCUGUUCGAGAAGCUGCUGAAGGCCUAUGCAGCCUCGUCCAAGAAGUCCCAUGCUGUCAUCAAAAAGCUUGACGAAGUUCGGUUGAGAGGGAGAAAGAGGUCGAUGGUUGGUUGAGAGGGAGAAAGAGGUCGAUGGUUGGUUGAGAGCGAGAAAGGUAGAUGGUCGGUUAAAGGCAACCUACGAGAUCAGUUGUGCAAAUGCAUUUACAAGGACAUGCCCUGCUUGGCACUGAUUUGUUAAAAGUUCUAUUUGAUAUUUGUAUGGAAGCAUAUCGGUAUAGAGACUGUCAGUGCCACAAUGUUACGUUACUACAAAUAGUUAUUUUGAAAUAAAAUACUGUUCGCUUUA